AGAAUUUCACGGGAGAACGCGACAAACCAUCACUCGCAUACACUGUAGCCUAAUUCUCCCCGCUCACUGCGUCACAGAAGAGGUAACGGGAGGCAUUUCGGUGUCUUUUUCCAAAGCCUGAACGCAUUCGACAACAUUACGAUGGUACAGUUUGGCAUUCUUCGUUUUUCUCUGCGCUUCUUCCCUACUUCAUGCCAAGGCGGUGAUUGCAGUGGAUGGGCAGAACGUGCCAGGCUUCGUUUCUAAUCCAGAAAGUGCCCGUCUGCUCGGGGAUCUGGCGCUAAGAAGAUGUAAGGACCGAAACAAGCCUUCUCCCCCAAAACCAGCAUCUUCUUCACAAAAAUGCAGAAGGGAAUUCGACUUAAUGAUGGUCAUGUCACCUACCUGGGUCUUUUGGCAAAGAAAGACGGCACGAGGCGAGGCUGCUUAAGCAAAAAGAGCUCCGACAACACAAAAUGGCACACCAAGUGGUUUGCUCUGUUGCAAAAUAUGCUUUUUUAUUUUGAGAGCGAGUCCAGUUCGCGACCCUCGGGAUUAUACCUGUUGGAGGGAUGUGUGUGUGACAGGUCGCCCUCACCCAAACCUUCACUGUCAGCCAAGGAGUGCUUAGAAAAACAGUAUUAUUUCACAGUCAUCUUCAACCAUGAGAAUCAGAAGGCUCUGGAGCUUCGUACAGAAGAUGUUAAGGACUGCGAUGAAUGGGUGGCAGCAAUAUCACAUGCCAGCUACAGAAACCUGGCUACCGAGCAUGAAACACUCAUGCAGAAGUACCUCCAUCUACUCCAAAUCGUGGAGACCGAGAAAACAGUUGCUAAGCAACUUCGACAACAGAUAGAAGAUGGGGAGAUUGAGAUUGAACGUCUAAAAUCAGAGGUGCAAAGCUUCCUGAGGGGCUGGAUGUGUCGGCGAAAGUGGAAGACCAUCAUUCAAGACUACAUCCGUUCGCCACAUGCAGAGAGCAUGAGGAAGAGGAACCAAGUCGUCUUUAGCAUGUUGGAAGCAGAGGCUGAAUACGUCCAACAGCUCCACAUCCUUGUCAACAACUUCUUGAGACCGCUUCGCAUGGCUGCCAGUUCCAAGAAACCACCCAUAACUCAUGAUGAUGUCAGCAGCAUAUUCCUCAACAGCGAAACCAUAAUGUUUCUGCAUCAGAUAUUCUACCAAGGGUUGAAAGCUCGAAUAGCAAGCUGGCCAACAUUAGUCUUGGCCGACCUAUUUGACAUCCUGUUGCCCAUGCUGAACAUCUACCAGGAGUUUGUACGUAACCACCAGUACAGUUUGCAGAUCUUGGCCCACUGCAAGCAGAACCGCGACUUCGACAAGCUGCUUAAACAGUAUGAAGCCAAGCCUGACUGUGAGGAGCGUACACUGGAGACGUUCCUCACUUACCCCAUGUUCCAGAUUCCUCGUUACAUACUGACCCUCCAUGAGCUGUUAGCACAUACUCCGCAUGAGCAUGUGGAGAGAAACAGCUUGGAUUACGCCAAGUCAAAGCUGGAGGAGCUUUCCAGAAUCAUGCACGAUGAGGUUAGCGAGACGGAGAACAUUAGGAAGAACCUCGCUAUCGAGCGUAUGAUCGUGGAGGGCUGUGAGAUUCUCCUAGACACCAGCCAGACCUUUGUCAGACAAGGAUCUCUGAUACAAGUGCCCAUGAGUGAGAAGGGCAAGAUCACCCGUGGCCGACUGGGCUCUCUGUCUCUGAAGAAGGAGGGAGAGAGGCAGUGUUUCCUCUUCUCCAAGCAUCUGAUCAUCUGCACUAGAGGCUCUGGAGGAAAACUACACCUCACCAAGAAUGGAGUGGUGUCGCUCAUUGACUGCACACUGAUAGAGGAACCAGAGGGCACAGAUGACGAGUCCAAGUCAGACAAGAGCGGUCAGGACUUGGAGCACCUGGAUUUUAAGAUUGUGGUGGAGCCCAAAGACAGCCAGUCCUUCACCAUCAUCCUGGUGGCCUCCUCACGGCAAGAGAAGUCGGCCUGGACCAGUGACAUCAGCCAGUGCAUAGAUAAUAUUCGUUGUAAUGGGCUGAUGAUGAACGCCUUUGAGGAGAACUCUAAAGUCACUGUGCCCCAGAUGAUCAAGUCUGAUGCCAGUUUGUACUGUGAUGACGUGGAUAUCCGCUUCAGUAAGAUGAUGAACUCCUGCAAGGUGUUGCAGAUCCGCUACGCCAGCGUGGAACGCCUGCUGGAGAGGUUGACCGACCUGCGCUUCCUCUCCAUCGACUUCCUCAACACCUUCCUGCACUCCUACCGCGUGUUCACCAGCGCAGACGUAGUCCUUGACAAACUCAUCACCAUAUACAAGAGGCCUAUCAGUGCCAUACCAGCCCGAUCCCUGGAGCUGUUUUUCGCGAGCAGCCAGAACAACAAGCUCCUCUACGGAGAGCCACCGAAGUCGCCCCGUGCCAGCCGCAAGUUCUCCUCCCCACCCCCGCUGGCCAUCACCAAGACCUCGUCCCCCAACCGCCGCCGCAAACUGUCCCUCAAUAUCCCCAUCAUCACCGGUGGGAAGGCUCUGGACCUGGCUGCCCUUAGCUGUUCCUCCAAUGGCUAUGCAAGCAUGUACUCCUCCAUGUCCCCUUUCAGCAAGACCACGCUGGACAUCAGCAAGCUCUAUGUGUCCAGCCCCAUCACCAGCAAGAUUCCUGACGAGGGCGAAGGCAAGACGGACAAGGCUGAUGAGGUUUCGCUGUGCAAACAGGACAUUUCAGUGAGGGAGGAAGGCAACAACGACCAGAUCCCGAGUGACGAGGCAGAGGCUGAAGUGUCGCCCACCAAAUCACCCACCACUCCCAAAAACGUCAAAUGCAAAAACUCUUCAGAAUUCUCUCUGUUCUCAUACAAUAAUGGCAUGGUGAUGUCGUCCUGUCGGGAGCUGGAUAACAACCGUAGCGCCUUGUCUGCCGCUUCUGCCUUCGCCAUUGCCACUGCUGGUGCCAACGAGGGCACGCCAACCAAGGAGAAGUACCGCCGCAUGUCUCUGGCAAGCACAGGGUUCCCCACAGAUCAGAGGAACGGAGAUAAGGAGUUUGUGAUUCGUCGAGCAGCAACUAACAGAGUUCUCAAUGUCCUCAGGCACUGGGUGUCCAAACACUCGCAGGACUUUGAAACCAACACUGAGCUCAAAAUGAAAGUGAUUAGUUUCCUGGAGGAAGUGAUGCAUGACCCUGAACUUCUUACCCAAGAAAGGAAAGCCGCUGCCAACAUCAUAAGGACAUUGACACAGGAGGAUCCCGGUGACAAUCAGAUCUGUCUGGAGGAGGUGCUGCAGAUGGCGGAAAGAAGAAAGUCAGAGUCUUUCGAGAAUCAUUCGGCUCUGGAGAUUGCAGAACAGCUCACCCUGCUGGACCAUCUUGUUUUCAAAGUCAUACCAUAUGAGGAGUUUUUUGGUCAAGGAUGGAUGAAGAACGACAAAAAUGAGAAGACACCUUACAUCAUGAAAACGACAAAACACUUCAAUGAUAUCAGUAACCUGAUCGCUACAGAGAUCCUACAGAGUGAGGAUGUGAAUGUACGGGUAGCAGUGAUAGAGAAGUGGGUGGCGGUGGCCGAUAUCUGCCGCUGUCUCCAUAACUACAAUGCCGUGCUGGAAAUCACCUCAUCCCUCAACCGCAGCUCCAUCUUCCGUCUGAAGAAGACUUGGCUCAAAGUGUCCAAACAGACUAAAACAGUCAUUGACAAGCUGCAGAAGUUGGUCUCAUCUGAAGGAAGAUUCAAGAACCUCAGAGAGGCCUUAAAAAAUUGUGACCCUCCCUGUGUGCCAUAUUUGGGAAUGUACCUCACUGACUUGGCCUUUAUUGAGGAGGGGACGCCCAACUACACAGAGGACAACCUGGUCAAUUUUUCCAAAAUGAGAAUGAUCUCCCACAUCAUCCGAGAAAUCAGGCAGUUUCAGCAAACGGCAUACAAGAUUGAUUACCAGCCAAAGGCAGCACUGUAUUUACUGGACAAAAGCUCAGUAAUGGAUGAAGAAGGCCUGUAUGAAGCCUCUCUCAGAAUUGAGCCUAAAGUGCCCAACUGAGAGUGGCUCUGCCUAACGUCGACACAAUGUACAGACACCACGCUAUCUACAGUAUACAUCCAUGUGUUCUGUUAUGUAACAUGAUUAUUACUCCUGGAUGUGUUUCCUUGUUUUUUAGUCGUAACCAAAUGUUGCCUAAUUGUUUCAGAUCUUUCACCGAGAACUUACCUGUUGAUUUCAGCCUUUGUUCUUUAGGGAAUCAUAUUUUUUCCAAAUCCAAAGUAUACUUUUGACAGUACUUAAAACAAUAAUCCUAGUUCAAGGUGUGGUUGUCUCUUUAAUUGAUUAGGGUCAUUCACAUCACUUUAAUGAAAUAUGAAAAGCCGGCAGGAGCAUUUUGAGAUUUUAAUAGAUGCAUGUAACUAUUUACUGUAUAUGCAUACCAUGUAGCAAUGUGGAAAGCUGAUAUAUUACUGUAUACAACCAAGCAUAUAGAAACACUUAUACUCUUAUAUUCCAUGUCACUGUACUUAGCAGAACCAACUCCAGCAUUUUACUCCUAUUUGUUGCGAUAAUUAACAUCCAUCCCUUGAUUUCUCAAAGGAUUGGUUGGAAAUGCCUAAACUGCCAUGACAUUUUUUAAAGAGUUUUGGCAUGACUUAAUAAAGCAGACAGUGAAGAGCUUGGUAAUUAUAUUACAUAAAAAAAGACUUAGAAUAUGUCUCCUAUUGGCCAAUAAGGAUUUUGAUCUGUUCUUGCAUGCAAAGUUUAUUUUGCAGAAGUCUUUUUUUUAAAUGAUUUCCUCACCUCAAAAAAAUUGACUAUUUCUUCAUAAAAAGAAGCAAGAUCGGCAUUAUAUUUUUUGAAACUGGUCGUUUCGUGAUUGUUUACCCAUGUAAUGUUUCCGUUGCUCACAGCCACAUUUCUUAGCAUUUUGGGAAAAAGUUAUUCUGGGUUCAACACUAUCCUUCUACACCAGAGUAUCCAGCUAUUGUACAUUUACAGACAAUCUAUGUCCUUCUUGCUGUUCCAGUGAUUGUGGAACGUGACUGAAUAUCACUGUAAAAUGCAUUGUCGUUUAAGAGUAUGAUCAAAAGUGAAUGACCUCCCCGCUUGCAGCAUACUAAAGGUAUUUUUGUAGUCCUAGAAUAAAGACUUAGGGUUCUGCAUCCUUACCUAAAAAGAAAGAAAAGAAAAAA